AUGAGUAACCCUACAACCCCCGUUCAACAGCCAACGGCUGUGGUAGAUGACGUGAAUGCUUCGACGCAGCCCGAGGUGUAUGUAAGUGUCUUGUGGCAUAGCGGACAUCUCGGGCUCGUUUACUACAGCGCCAAUGAAUGUAUCGUUUACAUCAUGCCUGAUGCCCCGGACUCACAGGAUCUGAAGCUACUGAGGAAAGUGUUGGAAGAAAUCCAGCCCCGGUGCAUCUUAACAAGUGCUAAGCAAGACCACAACAUGGCAGACUUCCUUCAAGCAAUGGGGACCGCCAACGACGGAGAGGAUGGGAAGCCAGAAAUAGCUCUCUUCCCCAACGUGGACUUUGGGCUCAACAUUAGCAAGCAACGGGUGUUGUCGGCGAACUUGCCCUUCGUCCCCUCGCACCUGACUGACGCGGAGAAGAUCAUGUACCUGGCGGCAAUCAUCCCAUUCGAGUGCGCCACCAUGUUGCGGGCACUCGGAGGGCUUUUGAAGUUCAUAGAGAGGAGGAGGAUUGGAGUGGAAUUGGAAGAUCCCAGUGUGAGCGUCCCCAUUCUGGCAAUCAGGAAAUUUGCACUGAAUGACACGGUGUACGUUGACCAGGACGCCUACUGCGUGUUGCAGAUUUUUAAGUCGGAAGUGCACCCAUCUGUAUACAAACUGGCGUCAGGGCUGAAAGAAGGACUGAGCUUGUUCGGAGUUAUGAAUCGCUGCAAAUCCCAAUGGGGGACAAAGCUGAUGAGGCUGUGGUUCAUGCGUCCUACAAACAAACUGGAGGAACUGAACAAGCGGCUGGAUGUUAUCCAGUUUUUCAUGCUGGCCAGAAACACUGAGAUAGUGCAGACGCUUCAGGACUGCUUGAAGCAUAUCAGGAAUGUCCCGAUGAUUCUGAAAAGAAUGACACUAUCCUACACCAAAGUGAGUGACUGGCAAGCCCUUUAUAAGACCGUAUACAAUGCCAUGUGCAUUGGAGACACUUGCAAAUCCCUGCCCAGGUCUGUAGAACUCUUUGCAAAGAUCUCUGGGACUUUCACUGAUGAUCUUCAUUAUAUUGCCAGUCUCAUUACUAAAGUGGUGGAUUUUGAAGGUAGCAAUACAGAGAACAGAUUCACUGUUCGGCAUAAUGUGGACCCAGCUAUAGAUGAAAAAAAGCGCAAACUGAUGGGUCUGUCAGAUUUCUUAACUGAAGUAGCAAGGAAUGAACUAACGCUACUGGAUAGCAGGAUUCCAUCAUGCUGUGUCAUCUACAUCCCUCUGAUUGGAUUUCUUCUAACUAUUCCACGCCUUCCAAGUAUGGUGGACAAGGAUGACUUUGAAAUAGAAGGACUGGAUUUCAUGUUUCUGUCUGAGGGUAGGCUUCAUUAUAGAAGUGCCAGAACCAAAGAGCUUGAUACAAUGUUGGGAGAUUUGCAUUGUGAAAUCCGGGAUCUUGAGACAGCUGUCAUGUACCAGUUGCAGGCGAAGGUUUUGGAGAAGUCUGCAGUGCUCUAUGAUGUGAUGGAGUAUACAGCCCAGUUGGAUUGCUUAAUUGCCAUGGCUGUUGUAGCCCAAGAAAACACCUACGUAAGACCAAGAUUAACCAGCAAGAAUAUAAUCAACAUCAAAGAUGGAAGACAUCCUCUCAUGGAACUGUGCACAAGGACAUUUGUUUCAAACCCCAUUGGUACUGGUGGAGAACAUGGAAAGAUUUGUAUCCUUACUGGUCCAAAUUCCAGUGGCAAAAGUGUAUAUCUCAAGGAGGCUGGCCUAAUAGUGUUCAUGGCACUAAUAGGUUGUUACGUACCUGCCACAGAGGCAGAAAUUGGAUUAAUAGAUGGUAUUUACACGAGGAUCCAAAGCCGUGAAUCAGUGUCUGUGGGGCUUUCCACAUUCAUUAUAGACUUAAAUCAGGUGGCAGCUGCAGUUAACAAUGCUACGGAGAGAUCACUGGUAUUAAUUGAUGAAUUUGGAAAAGGAACCAACAGUGUUGAUGGCUUAUCACUUCUUGCAGCUGUCUUAAGGCAUUGGGUGAAGCAAGAUAUGAAAUGCCCUCAUAUCUUUGUAUCUACUAAUUUUCAUAGUUUAGUUCAGCUUAACCUACUCCCUGCUGUUGCCCUAAUGCGUUAUCUAACACUAGAAACCAUACAGGAUGGAGAGGAGUUGGUGUUUUUCUACCAGCUGAAGGAAGGUGUCUCCACAGACAGCUAUGCUGCCAAUAUAGCUAUACAGGCUGGGAUGCCACCACAGGUAGUGAAGCGAGGGAUACAGAUUUCUGAGCUGUACCGUAGAGGACAACCUAUUUGUCGUCUUGACUGUCCUCCAAAAGCAAACAAGUUUGAAGCACACAAAGAUUUGGUUGAUAAAUUUCUUCAGUUGGACCUCAGCGACCCUAAUGUAGACCUACAGGAAUUUUUGAGCAAGGGGGUUCUGGCAUAUACAGCUUCGGAGCUUUGA